GAGCCGGAGGGGGACGGAAGGUCCAGGCACGGGGGUCUCCUCUGGGGAAGCAGCUGGAAUGGAGGAGAGAAUCCGGAUCCUGGAGGAUCUAAACCUGAUUUACAUUCGCCAGAUCGCUCUGAGUCUCCAGGACAGUGAUUUCCAAAAGAAGAUUGAUUAUGAAAUCCGAAUGCGAGCUGGGACGUGCAAACUGUUGGCAGCCUGUACACAGAGAGAGCAAGCACUGGAGGCAGCGAAGAGCCUAAUGAUCUGCAACACUCGCAUAAUGGCCUACAUGUCAGAAUUGCAAAGAAUGAAGGAAGCUCAGGUCAGACAGCGGAGAGUCAGACGAUCAUCAGAUGCAGGUUUGCUUAAAGAUCGAUUACCAUGCAAUGGGAAAGUUGCCAUAUCUGGUAAGAAAAGCUUACAAGAAUCUUUAAUCUCCUGGGAUAAAUCCUAG